AUGAACCAUCUUCUUUUCCAGAAACCAAAGCCAAAGAUAUCUGCAUCCCGCAGACUGUUCCUGAAGACCAAACUGCUUAAAAAGGCCAUGACCAUGCUGGAAAAUGACAAGCAAGAGAAGCAAGCUGAACGAGAGAGAACCCUUUCUGAGAGAGUCCCAGCACUCCAAAUGUCAGGCAUGUCUACGCAAGAGCUACAGAGUCUUUGCAAAGAACUACACCACAAAAUUGAUGUUGUUGAUGAAGAGCGGUAUGACAUUAAUUCAAAAGUGACAAAACAUGAUGUAGAGAUACGAGACCUGACUCAGAAGAUCGUUGAGUUGAAGGGCAAGAUGAAGAGACCAGCCCUGAGGAGAGUGAGGGUGUCUGCUGACGCCAUGCUUGGAGCUCUGCUGGGUGCAAAGGUCAAAGAGUCUGUGGACUUCAAGGCCAACCUGAAGACUGUGAAGAAAGAGGAGGAGAAGAAAGAGGAAGUGACUGACUGGCGUAAGAAUGUGGAUGCCAUGUCUGGUAUGGAGGGCAGGAAGAAGUUGUUUAAUGCUGGGCAGUAG